AUGCUCAGCUCGGCUCGGCUCGGCUCUGCUCUGCUCUGCUCGGCUAUGCUCUCCUCUGCUCUGCUAUACUUGGCUCUGCUCAGCUCGGCUCGGCUCGGCUAUGCUCUGGUGUCCAUCCUCGUUGUCCGGGGCGCAAGAAGCCGAUCUGCCAUUGAUAGUCGCGACAUUACCGAGGCUCUGCGACGACGCAAACUCAGCCGCAACGAAAAACGGGAUCGCAACAAAACUGUCAUUGUCCCCAACGCUGCCGAAGGCCCCCGAACAACCGCUGCCGAUGGCAACAGCAAACGCCCCGCCGGAUCGCACGGCCUCGACGCCGUCGCAGAAGAUGCCACCCCUGACAAUGCCGCCCUUGCCGACGUGCUUCGAGAAUCGGAAAUGCGCCGCGAAAUCACAAAACUUCAAAAACAACACAUCAUCGAACUACAGGUCCGCCCAACCGUGGCCCACCCAGCCCCCGACAGGACAGUCGGUCGUGCCCUCGCCCUCGCCCUUUUUUUAUUGGUUGGUGUUGGAUGCUCACCACUGCGCAAUCGCACCAUUCCCUCCUCGCUGCAGUCGGAAAUGAAAACGCUUCGCGAGGAGAACAAGUUCUUAAUGGGUCGCAUCGGUACGCAACGCAUGGCUACUCAUCCCAUCCUGUUUCCACCCCACGCACCCGCCCAGCAGUCUGCUCAAAUCAAGACGUGUGCCCCCUCUCCCCCUCUCGAUCAUGCAGCGAGCGCCGAACAGGAAAUGAGCGCUGGUAACCUCGAAAUCGUCAUGCUUCGCCAAGACCUAGAAGAAGCCCAAAACUCCCACGAAGGCCACCAAGCUGUCCACUCUACCCUUACCGACCACAUUCACUCCAUCGAAGCAGAACGGGACGAUGCCCUCGACAAACUUCAAAAGGUGUUGCACUUGGUGGAUGCUCUGGCCGAACGACCUGGCUUGACCCUACCCAAUGAGGCCCUCUCCGCGGCCAUGUCCCACACCGACCUGACAGAUCGUGUCGACGCACUGCACCGGUUGGACCAGCGCAUCCGUCAGCAGGAACGCAUGGUUGCCGACCAACUCGCCCAAGGAGACCGCCAGGUGGAUCUCUAUCUUCAAGAACAGGCCGCGAGUCGGCGAACCAGCUGGAUCGACCCGGCCGACAUCCCUGCCAACCACAGUCCCUUGCCCGGCUCCCCAACCACCCACCACAUUCCUGAAGACCAUGUAUUUGCCACCGGUGGACUCAACGAUGCUCUCCUCCAACUCGAAGACAUGCAAUCCCGGCUCCGACCCCGUCUACGUACCCUUCUCAAGUCCUCCAACCAGCUUGUCAUUCGCUCCUCCGCAGCUAGCAACACCUCCUCUGCUGCCACUUCCCUCAACGCUUCUCUCAACGCGUCCAACAUCUCGCGGGACGGAUCCUUCAAUAGCAGCUUCAACCGUAGCCUCAACUCCUCCAUGACCUCGCCCAUUCGAGCAGGGGGCUACUAUGACUCACGACCUUCGACUGCCAGCCGUGCACGAGGGACUUCGACACGACGUUUCGUGGCGGGACCUCUGUCCUGAUUGUGUAGACUCUAUGUACGAUUUGGGCUGAGUGUGAGGAGAUUGUACUUCUCCUUUGACCCGAACCCAUGGACAGCCAUGCCUUGUGCCUCGGCUGCGAUGAACGACGUCCUGUGUAUUUCAUUAACCCUGACGACGCUGCACCCGACGGCAGCUUCACUUGACUUGUGUUUGUUUGACAUCAUCUAAUUUGUUCCCAACCUCAUGAUCUUUAAACCGUAUCACGGAUGGAAGAGAAAAGGCGCGGUUUAGCCCGCAUGACCGCUGACGGAUGUUUUCCUGGGUUAUUGACGCUAGGCCCAUGCACCUUUGCUCAAGCAGUUCUUGAGGUGGCAGCAUGUGGUCGUUUGCCACGGUUCAAGUGGAUCUAAUUGACUCAUUCUGAG